CCCCCCGGACCCCGGCCCUGACCCCGGACCCGGAGCCUCUCCCCGCCCGCCCGCCUGCCCGGAGGCUGUGACAAUGGACUAUGACUUCAAAGUGAAGCUCAGCAGCGAGCGGGAGCGGGUCGAGGACCUGUUUGAAUACGAGGGCUGCAAAGUUGGCCGAGGCACUUACGGUCACGUCUACAAAGCCAAGAGGAAAGAUGGGAAAGAUGAUAAAGAUUAUGCUUUAAAACAAAUAGAAGGAACUGGGAUUUCUAUGUCAGCAUGCAGAGAAAUAGCACUACUUCGAGAGCUUAAACAUCCAAAUGUCAUCUCUCUUCAAAAGGUGUUUUUGUCUCAUGCUGACAGGAAAGUGUGGCUUCUGUUUGACUAUGCUGAGCAUGACCUCUGGCACAUAAUCAAGUUUCACAGAGCUUCUAAAGCAAACAAGAAGCCAGUUCAGUUACCUCGGGGAAUGGUCAAGUCACUAUUAUAUCAGAUCCUAGAUGGUAUUCACUACCUGCAUGCUAACUGGGUGUUGCACAGGGAUUUGAAACCUGCUAAUAUUUUAGUUAUGGGUGAAGGUCCUGAGCGAGGAAGAGUAAAAAUUGCUGACAUGGGCUUUGCACGAUUAUUUAAUUCACCUUUGAAGCCUUUAGCAGAUUUGGAUCCAGUAGUCGUAACAUUCUGGUACCGAGCUCCAGAGCUCCUUCUUGGAGCAAGACAUUAUACCAAAGCUAUUGAUAUUUGGGCUAUAGGGUGUAUAUUUGCAGAGCUACUAACUUCAGAACCAAUAUUUCACUGUCGACAAGAGGACAUCAAAACUAGUAAUCCUUAUCACCAUGACCAGCUGGACAGAAUAUUCAAUGUAAUGGGAUUUCCUGCAGAUAAAGAUUGGGAAGAUAUAAAAAAGAUGCCUGAACAUUCAACUUUAAUGAAAGAUUUCCGAAGAAAUACAUAUACCAACUGCAGCCUUAUCAAGUAUAUGGAAAAACAUAAAGUUAAACCAGACAGUAAAGCAUUCCACUUGCUCCAGAAGUUGCUUACUAUGGACCCAAUAAAGCGAAUUACCUCAGAACAGGCUAUGCAGGAUCCUUAUUUCUUAGAAGAUCCACUUCCUACAUCAGAUGUCUUUGCAGGUUGCCAGAUCCCUUAUCCUAAACGUGAAUUUCUAACAGAAGAAGAGCCUGAUGACAAGGGAGACAAAGUAAAUAUUGAAAACCAGCAGCAGCAGCAGGGCAAUAACCAUACUAAUGGAACUGGUCAUCCAGGGAAUCAAGACAGCAGUCAUGCACAGGGACCCCCAUUGAAAAAAGUGAGAGUUGUUCCUCCUACCACUACCUCAGGUGGACUGAUCAUGACCUCAGACUAUCAGCGUUCCAAUCCACAUGCUGCCUAUCCCAACCCUGGACCAAGCACAUCACAGCCACAGAGCAGCAUGGGAUAUUCAACUACCUCCCAGCAGCCUCCACAGUACUCACAUCAGACACACCGGUACUGAGCUGCAUCUGAAUAAUGUCAAUGCACUGUUGCUAAUGCUGCAGGACUGACCAUGCAGCUCUCUGCCUGGAACCUGGUAUGGGCCAUGCGAAUGUACUGUACAACCACAUCUUCAAAAUGUCCAAUAGCCAAGUUCUACCACUUUUCACAGAUUGGAGUAGUGGCUUGCAAAUGUUACCUGUUUUUGGAGUUAGACUUGAAAAGAAAGUGCUAGCACAGUUUGUGUUGUGGAUAUGCUACUUCCAUAGUUUACUUGACAUGGUUCAGACUGACCAAUGCAUUUUUUCAGUGACAGUCUGUAGCAGUUGAAGCUGUGAAAUGUGCUAGGGGCAGGCAUUCCUUGUUGUAUGUGGUGAAUUCUCUUGAUGUAACAUUAUCUGACCAAUAGUACGCAAAAUCCUUUAACUGGUACUUGAAACAUACAGUAUAUGUUAACAACAACAAAAACCAACAAAAUAAUCAAGAUUCAGAUUGAGAUUAUUUUGGUAUAUAUUUCUUUUUAGUCUUUUCAAUGGGUUGAUUCAUUUUCCACAUGAUCAGUGUUUUUGACCAACAAAAUUAGUACAUAUUUUUUUCAAAAUACAUAAAGCCAUGCAAUUUUUCCAGCAGAUUUCAGAACUCCCAAAGAUUAAUUUCCAACCUAUGAAUUUGUUUUUUGUUUUUUAAAUCGAUGACUUGACUGGUAUUAAAGCUGCUAUUCGAUAGUAAAUAAGUAUGUUGUCAUUGAUAUAAACCUCUUCGGUUUAACAAACAAACUAAAAAGAUUGUCAUAGACAGUGUUUUAUUUUUUCUGUUGGUGUUGCUGAUUGUGAGCAUGCUUUGAGAUGAAAAAGCAUGAGGAGAUAACUUCCUUUAAAAAGGUGCGGCAUCCAUUCAGAUAUUUUGUCCUGAUUUUCAGAGCUGACUUGGUGUAGUGGAAUUAAAAUUUUGUUCAUUUAAUUUUCUUUCUUAAAACUUGUUCGCACGUUACUUAGGGUGCCCUUACUUCAGCAAAGGAGAAAGGAGUAGGAGAGCCUUAGAAUUUAUGAGGAGAAAAAAAAAAAACCUAUAACAUACAAUGUACUGUAUCAAACUAUUUUACAUGAAUGAC